CGACGCACAGAGAACGAAGGAUUUAACACUGAAAACUGCUAAUAUUAUUAACAGAAAGUUCGCCCGCCCAAUUUCUUGAAUGGAGAAAAUCCGUUAGAGUUCAACUCGGCUCAUAGUUGUUUGCUACAAUGUUUUCAAUUGCAGCUAUCAAUGAUACAGACUCAAAAAGCCAAUGGGAACCUUUAGCCCCAACCAAAGAAGCCCAGGAAUUUCAUUUGUCACAAACUUACCAUGAAGGACUUUUGAAACUGGAAGCUAAAGACUAUAAAAAAGCUCGUGAGCUUUUGGAGGCUGUGUUAAAGGAUCCUUUGGUCGCAAACUCUCAGGUGGUUAGUAAUUCUAGUGAUGGUCAUCUUUUGCAGCUCAGAUUUUUGGCACUGAAGAAUCUUGCCAAUGUUUUUCUACAACAAGGUGCUCCUUACUACAAAGAUGCUUUGCAAUGCUAUCUUCAAUCUGUAGAGAUUGAUAAUAAGGAUGCUGUUGUCUGGAAUAAGCUGGGAACUUUAGCAUGCUCAAUGGGAUCGUUGAGCAUUUCCCGCUGGGCAUUUGAACAAGGGUUAUAUUGUAGUCCCAAUAACUCCUUGCAGAGUGGUGUUCCAAUGACUGUCAUUAGUGAUAUUCAGUCGUCGCUGCUGAUGUUUAUGUGUAACAUUGCCAACACAUAUUCUUGUAAGAAAUUUUCUGGCCCAGGAAUUUCAGAUCAUAGGGAACAGAGAGAAAGCUCGUACUUUGUAGAUGCAGCUAUUGCAUUCUGUAAACUCCAACACUUGAUCCUAAAUGUUCCUAUAAAAGCUCAAACAGAGUUGAUUGUGGCAAUCCAUGACAUGCUUGCUGAGUUUGGUGUCUGCUGUGCAAAUGCAACUGAUGAAGAGGAAGAAGGAACAUUUCUAAAACUUGCAAUAAAGCACCUCUUGAACUUGGAUAUGAAACUGAAAUCUAACUUUCACUCUGUCUGCAAGGAAUUUGAAAUGUCUCAGUGUGACGAACAGUCUUCUCAUGAUAAUAAUGUAGGGAAAUCUGAGCAACUUUCUCAUGGAAGCAACAUCAAAGUGUUAUCAAAUGUAUCAAAUUUGGACAACCUAAAUGUGACAGGUCAGGUAGAUAGAGAUGAAGCGACUGCUUCAGAUAAAGAUGCUGUUGAGAGGAUUAAUGCAGAAGCCAUUUCUGCCAGUAAAGCUCUGGAGGUUGAGAAAACUAAAGUGGAGAAAAGUAAGAAUAUUGGUGUUGUCUCUGAUGGUUUGUACCCUAGAUCGGAGAAAUCAAAGGAUCAAUUGGUCGAAGAUGGAACCGAGCUAAGUGAAGAUGAAAAGGAGGAGCUUGAAGUUGCCAUUGAUAAUGCUUUGGAUCAGUGCUUUUACUGUCUGUAUGGAUUGAAUCUAAGGUCUGAUGCAUCUUAUGAAGAUGAUUUAGCUGCGCAUAAGAACACAAGCCGGGGUGAUUACCAAACUAAGGAACAGUGUGCUGACGUUUUUCAGUAUAUACUUCCCUAUGCAAAAGCUUCUUCUAAAACGGGGCUCAUUAAACUCCGAAGAGUCCUUAGAGCUAUACGAAAGCACUUUCCACAACCACCAGAUGAUGUUUUAGCUGGAAAUGCAAUAGACAAGUUCUUAGAUGGUCCUGAAAUGUGUGAAGACAAACUCUCUGAGGAAGCAGGAUCCAGUGGCUUUUUGGAAUCCAUGACAAAGAUAUUAUUAUCAGAUCCCGGAAGCCUCAAACAACAGAAAGCAUCAUCAAAAGGAAGUUCUGAGCCAUACCUGGAAGUUUAUAGCAAUUUGUACUAUCUUCUUGCUCAGUCUGAAGAAAUGAAUGCAACUGAUAAAUGGGCUGGCUUUGUUCUGACAAAAGAAGGGGAGGAAUUUGUGCAGCAAAAUGCAAAUCUCAUCAAAUAUGAUUUAAUUUACAAUCUCCUACGCUUGGAGAGUUGGCAGAAACUUGCAAAUAUAUAUGAUGAGGAGGUAGACUUGCUGCUAAAUGAUGGAAGCAAGCAAAUAAAUGUUCUGGGAUGGAGGAAAAAUGCUGUUUUAUCUGAGAGAGUUGAGGCAAGUCGCAGAAGGAGCAGACGAUGUUUGUUGAUGACUUUAGCUUUAGCCAAAACAGCAGAUCAACAGGCUGAGAUACAUGAGUUAUUGGCAUUAGUAUAUUAUGAUGGUCUUCAGAAUGUAGCACCAAUCUAUGAUCAAAGAUCUGUUUUGCCGUCCAAAGAUUCAGCAUGGAUGAUGUUCUGUCAAAACUCAAUGAGACACUUUCAGAAGGCCUUUGCACACAAGGAGGAUUGGUCGCAUGCAUUCUAUCUGGGAAAACUUUCCGAGAAGCUUGGAUACUCACAUGAGAUGUCAUUUUCAUUCUAUGCUAAAGCUAUUGCUUUGAAUCCAUCUGCUGCAGAUUCUUUCUAUAGGAUGCAUGCUUCACGGUUGAAGUUACUUUGCACAUGUAGGAAACAAGAUGAGGAGGCCUUGAAGGUUGUUGCUGCGCACUGUUUCAAUGAAUCGACUCAGGAUACUGUGAUGGAUAUCCUCAGUAAGGUUUGCCCAUCAAUUUCAGAAUCAACGUGCUCCGAGGAUAGAACUCCCAAUGCUUACUCUGUAAAUGAUGUAAAAGGGGAUUCACAUUUUGAAGGGGUGUGGCAGAUGCUUUACAAUGAUUGUCUUUCUGCCCUUGAAAUAUGUGUGGAAGGUGACCUGAAACAUUUUCAUAAGGCUAGAUAUAUGCUUGCUCAAGGCCUAUAUCGAAGAGGUGGGAAGAUGGAUCUAGAGAAGGCAAAGGAGGAACUUUCUUUCUGCUUUAAGUCGGCUCGUUCUUCAUUCACAAUAAACAUGUGGGAGAUUGACAGUAUGGUUAAAAAGGGAAGGCGCAGAACCCAAGGUUGCUCAGGGAACAGGAGAGCCCUAGAAGUUAACUUGGCAGAAAGUUCUCGGAAGUUCAUUACUUGCAUCCGCAAGUACAUAUUAUUCUAUUUAAAACUGCUGGAGGAGACAGAAGACAUAUGUACCCUUGAUCGGGCUUAUUUCUGUCUUAGGACAGAUAAGAGGUUCUCCUUAUGCCUUGAAGAUCUUAUUCCAGUUGCUCUGGGACGAUACUUAAAGGCAUUAAUUUCAUCUAUUCAUCAAACUGACCAUAUGUCUUGUGCUGCUAGCAACUCUAGUGAGCAUCAUCUGGAGAAAAUGUUCUCUCUGUUCAUGGAACAGGUAACCAUGUGGUCUGAUAUUUGUGGCUUACCAGAAAUAAAGAGCUCAGAGUUGACGGAGAGCUGUUUAUUUGGAUAUCUUUAUCGAUAUAUCCAGUCUUUAGAGCAAAAUAUCAAAGUUGAAGCGCUUGAAGGAAUAAAUGAGAAGAUACGCAAGCGUUUGAAGAACCCAAAGCUGUCGAAUAGUAACUGCGCAAAAGUUCAUAAGCAUGUUUCUGCUGCUUGGUGUCGGUCACUUGUAAUUAGCAUGGCCUUAAUAACACCUUUGCAUUCAAGACUCUCUAGUGAAGUGCAAGUUCCAAAUUCGCCAGCUAAUGGAUUAGAGAAUUCACAACUGCUUUGUGUUGAUCUCCAACUGGAUGAACUAUGGAGUUCAUCUUUUGAGGACAUGAAUCAUUUGAAGGAUCUUGAGAGGAAGUGGAACCCUUCAUUGUCUAAGAUAAAAAAUGUAAUAGUAAAGAGAGCUGCAGAUGAAGACAUGGAAACUGCUUCUAUGUUGCUUAGGUCUUGCUAUAAUUUUUAUAAGGACACUUUUUGUGCAUUGCUCCCAUCAGGUAUAAACCUUUAUAUGGUGCCAUCUCAAUUUGCUACAGAAACAUAUAUCCAACCUGGGAUAGAUGCAGUUGACAUACUCGAUAUGAACACUUCACGGAAGCUACUUUUGUGGGCCUACACACUUCUGCAUGGCCAUUGCACAAAUGUCUCAGCUGCUAUUAAGUAUUGUGAAGAAAAUUCCAAGUCAAGGAUAAAAAAAGGAACCGGAAGCUCGUUGCCUUCAAGUGCAAAUGCAUCUCCUGCCACAGCUUCCCAUAUAGGUGGAGGAAAAGAUGGAACAAGUAAAAGCUCUGAACCAGAUGUUUCCCCAUUAUCAAAUUCGGGCAAUGCACCAUCUUCUAAAACCGAUGGAUCACAAAAGGUUAAACCUCCCAGUUUGCCAGAAACUGAGAAGGCAAGUGGUGCCUCUUUAUCCCAAAUGGGGGGCACAAUGAAUGCAUUAUUGACAUCUCUGCCUGAAGGAGAGAGUGGUUUCAACAUGCCAUCCAUAUCUUUGUCUGAAUCUGUAAGCACUACUUGUCCAAAAGCUGUAUCUGCUGAUCAGGGCCAGAAGGCUUUAUCGGCUGCUCCGCAUUUACAUCAAAACAAUCCUGUUGAUGAGAGCAAGAAAUUGAAUAUGCAGAAUGAUGCGAAACCUGAAAACGUUUGAUUUUGUACAACCUGUUCUAAUCAGUCUGUUCUGCAACUUUGCGUCGUGACUGGUCUAUUAUUGUAUGUAAGCAGUUCCUUUUCUUGAAGAGCUCUUAUUUCUUUUC